CCGCUUCCCCCCGGCCUUCUCUCCGCGGUGAUUUUCCGGUGCGGAACGCCCUGCGAGGGCGCGCGGCGGGUGGCCCCAGCCCAAAAGGUAGGGGCUCGGCUCCGCGCCGGCCUCGCCGCCCCGUGGGCCCGGAGCCCCGCAGCCCCGCAGCCUCUCUCCCCGCAGUGCACCUUCCUCUGCGAACUUGGGGGCGGCCGAGGCCACCGCCCAUCUGGCGCCAGCCGCGGAGCAGGAGGAGCCUCCCCGCGGCUCCGGGGCGCUCGGCGCAGUCGCCGGGCAUCUGGACCCGGGCGCGGAGGGCAGCGCACCGGCUGGGGCGCCCGGCCUGCGGGCGGCACUGCGCCCUUCCCUACUCCCUGGCCAGGUCCCGGGGGUCGAGUCGUGCCCACGCCGCCCCUAACCCACGCCACCUUCCUCCGGUUUCCGCCGGCCGCGCUCCGGCGGCCCGAUGCUGCAGGCGCCGCGGGAGAAGCAGCAGCCGGAGGAGCCAGCGGCGGCGGCGGCGGAGGGAGCGCAGCGGGACCCGGGCCGCGGGACCCCGCACGGUUUUGCGGUCUUCGCGCCUGCGACUCGGCGGUACUUACACGUGAAGGAGCAGCACAACAUUUGUGUUGGAUAAUUUCUAGUGGGACAACGAUUGGGCAGACAGCCUCCUGAAGCUCCAGCACCCUGACCACAUCCUUCACCUUAAGGAGCAGAGGGCCUUUGGGGAACGGAUUCCUUAAAAGUGCAGGAGAGCCAGCCAUGAGAGGCUACCUCGUGGCUAUAUUCCUGAGUGCUGUCUUCCUGUACUAUGUGCUGCAUUGUAUAUUAUGGGGAACAAAUGUCUAUUGGGUGCCACCUGUGGAAAUGAAACGAAGAAAUAAGAUCCAGCUGUGUUCAUCAAAGCCAGCAUUUGCCUCUCUCCUGAGGUUUCAACAGUUUCACCCUUUUCUUUGUGCAGCUGAUUUUAAAAAGCUUGCUUCCUCAUAUGGUAGCGAUAAGUUUGAUUUGCCCUAUGGGAUAAGGACAUCAGCGGAAUAUUUUCGACUUGCUCUUUCAAAGCUGCAGAGCUGUGACCUCUUUGAUGAGUUUGACAAUGUGCCGUGUAAAAGGUGCGUGGUGGUUGGUAAUGGAGGAGUUUUGAAGAACAAGACAUUAGGAGAAAGAAUUGACUCCUAUGAUGUAAUAAUAAGGAUGAAUAAUGGUCCUGUUUUAGGACAUGAAGAGGAAGUCGGGAGAAGGACAACCUUCCGACUUUUUUAUCCAGAAUCUGUUUUUUCAGAUCCCAAACACAAUGAUCCUAACACCACAGCGAUUCUCACUGCUUUUAAGCCGCAUGAUUUAAAGUGGCUGUGGGAAUUGUUGACGGGUGGCAAAAUAUGUUUUAUUUUCUGUAUUCUUGCUUUAUUUCAGAACACUAAUGGUUUUUGGAAAAAACCAGCCUUAAACCUGAUCUAUAAACCAUAUCAAAUCAGAAUCUUAGAUCCUUUCAUUAUCAGAACAGCAGCUUAUGAACUGCUUAAUUUCCCAAAAGUGUUUCCCAAAAAUCAGAAACCCAAACACCCCACGACAGGAAUUAUUGCCAUCACCUUGGCCUUUCACAUAUGUCACGAAGUCCACCUUGCUGGCUUUAGAUACAACUUUUCUGACCUCAAGAGUCCUUUGCACUACUAUGGGAACGCCACCAUGUCCUUGAUGAACAAGAAUGCCUAUCACAACGUGACUGCAGAGCAGCUCUUUUUGAAGGACAUUAUAGAAAAGAACUUUGUAAUCAAUUUGACUCAAGAUUGACCCUACAGAGAAGAUAAUGCUGACAGUAUUAGUUUUAUUUUUAUACUGGCAAUUUAUAGUUUAUUUUAAAAAACGUUGGAUGUACUUGUCAAGAAAUUAUGUAUAUUAAGCCUGUCGCUGCCUGGUGAUUUCAUAACCACCAGCUUAAUUUCUGUAAAUAUAUUUAAUUUAUGAAAACCAAGAUAUACUGAGUUACCAUGUCAGGGUAAAGUUGUAAGUGCAUUGUGUUUUUAAAAAUAUUUUUAGUUUUUUCAUUUUAGACUUUUGAAAAGAUGUGACUUCCUAAUAAGGGGAUUUAAGUUAACUGCAACAAAUUUGAAUGUAAGAUGACAUAUCUGGCUACUAUAAAAUGGUGGGGAAUUGA